CCGCGACGCUCCGCGCCGUCACCCCCGCCUCUCCCUCCUUCCAUCCGCCCCACCGCCCGCCCGCCUCCGGAGCCGCAGCCAGCCCUGCCCUGCCUUCGCCGAGCGCAUAAAGCUUGCCCGGUUCCAGGAUGGAGAUUUCUUCCCACCAAUCCCACCUCCUGCAGCAGUUAAAUGAGCAGCGCCAGCAGGACCUGUUUUGUGACUGCAGCAUCGUAGUGGAGGGGAAGGUCUUCAAAGCCCACCGCAACGUCCUCUUUGCCAGCAGUGGCUACUUCAAAAUGCUCCUCUCCCAGUGCUCCAAGGAGGCCGGCCAGCCCGCCACCGCCACGUUCCAGGCCUUUUCCCCAGAGACCUUUACAGUGAUUCUGGAUUUUGUGUAUUCAGGCAAACUCUCCCUCACCGGCCAGAACGUGAUCGAGGUCAUGUCGGCCGCCAGCUUCCUGCAGAUGACCGACGUCAUCAGCGUCUGCAAGACGUUCAUCAAGUCCUCCCUGGACAUCAGCGAGAAGGAGAAGGACCGCUAUUUCAGCCUCUCGGACAAGGAGGUCAGCUCCAACGGGGUGGAGCGCUUGUGCCUAUACAGUGCCGGCUGGAGAGCGGAGUCCAGCCCCCCCCGUUCCCACCUGAGCCCCGACCGAGGGACCUGCGUGGUCAACAGCAACUCUUGGACAAACUUCAGCUACUAUCCACCUGGUCCAAGAGCCACCCAGCCUCUCUCCAAGCACGACCAGAGGCAGGAAUCCCUGAGGAAGGGCAGGCAUCUGGGGCUGGCCCAGCCUGCGGACGGCCCCCCCUAUAAAGCGAACAAGCUGGAAGACCGGGCUUCUGCUGAGCAGGCAGGCCACGCUCCUCCCUCUGAAGAGGAGCUCCAGGUGGACUCGGAAGGGGAUUCCUGUCCCGCCAGCUACCAGUACGGGCAGGGCUCAGAUGCAGUCGCAAGAGGGCUGGCUGUGCCUCAGCACGAGCACGAAGUGCCCCAUUCUGCCAGCAAGUCCAAGUCUUCCAAAGGCGAAGAGCCGUACCCCAGCAUGCCCUCCGUCCUGGGGGUCAUGGGGAACUGGGCUGAGGACGACCUGCCACGGAUGAGGUUCAAGUGCCCCUUCUGCACCCAUGUGGUUAAACGGAAAGCAGACCUGAAGCGACACCUUCGCUGCCACACAGGAGAGCGGCCGUAUCCGUGCGAAGCCUGCGGGAAAAGAUUCAGUCGGCUGGACCACUUGAGCAGCCACUUUCGGACGAUCCAUCAAGCAUGCAAGCCCAUCUGCAGAAAGUGCAAGCGUCAUGUCACCGAAAUGACAGGCCAGGUGGUCCAGGAAGGGACAAGGCGCUACAGACUUUGCAACGAGUGCCUCUCUGAAGCUGGGAUCGACAGCAUCCGCAUUGAUUUGGACACAGAACCGCCCCCGGAGUUUCCCCUGGAAGAGGACAAAGAUUCCAACUGGAAUUACAGCGAAGACAAUAGAUCUGAUGUGGAGAUUGUGGAGGACGGCUCAUCUGAUCUGGUUAUCCAGCAAGUGGAUGAUAGCGACGAUGAAGCCGAGGAAAAAGAUGUGAAGCCCAAUAUCAGGUAGGUAUGAAGGACUGAUCCUGAAUAGAGCCUCCCCCCUCCUCCUGUUACGUUAUAUCAUUCCUUGUCUUGAGCGUUGACGUCCAGCCUGCCUGCCGGCCAGCCCAGGGUUCAAAUGCACUCUGCUCUGAAGGCUUUCCCUGGCUUGGGGUCAACUGCAUGCAGUGACGGACAUGCCGUUAUGUCUCUUCUGAAUUUAACUACUCCCAAGUAUCCCAAGCCUUCGUUUCAAGAUAGCGUGAUGUAUGAACAAUGAUUUGCAAAUGACAACCAUUAUAACUUUUGAUAAUAUAAAAUUGUCCUUUUAAUCCUUUUACAAAAUUGGAAGCCCUUCAAAAUAAAAGUGAACAACUUCAUAGUAAUUCAGUUACUGAAUUAAUUUUUUUGCAAGUAUUUAACUACAAACACUAAGAUGAAAAGGUUUAGCAGUGUUUCAGCCACGGACAGUAAUCUCAGCCCUGUUUUCUUGGAAACACGGUCAGUAGACCCAAAGGAAUGUAGUAAGUGGAUAACAAUUCAUAAUCCUUCAGCAAGCAUGCACCUUCUCCAAACCAUCGUUUGUUUAUUAAAAACAGUUAAGUUUUCAAAACCAGUUUUUGAUUCCCAAAUCCAUUUUCGGUGAACCCUUUUGGCAGACCUUGCAAUUGGUAGAACAACUGACACUUUUCAACACACAGGUGGUAGUGCAGCUCAUGAGACAUGUGUUCACACAUGUUCACUUCCUUGACUUUAUGGAAAUGUUACACUGCACCAACAUGUGGGGUUGUGAAAGGUAAUAACUUGUAUUUUCUCAUUUAUCCCAAUGCUCUUCGGUGACAUACAUACGUCAUUACGAUUACUUCACCUGAAUUUACAGGAUAUGUUUUGCAGUUUCUUUUUUCCAGUUGUGCUUUUGUUUUUCUUUUGUUUUGCUUUUUUUCUCUGUCUUAUUGAAGCAAUUAAACAGAAAAAAAAACUGAUGACCCUUAAGUGGAAGCAGAGAUACUAAAAAGCUUAGCUUCAUCUUGACAGUGAUUGACAGUGGUUUUCAAAGUUUGUGAAUCCUUUGAAUGUUCAGUAUUUCUGCAUAAUAAUUUAAAAUGAGAUCUGUGCUUUAUACAAGUCUUAACACUAGAAAAAGACCAUUCAAUUAAACAAAUCAAUCAAAAGCAUUAUAUUUGUUCAUUGAGGAAAGUGAUCUAAAGCUACCUACUUGUGUGUGGCAAAAGUACAGGAAGCCUCAGGCCGGUCUCUCAAUCUUAGCAAAUUGAAGUUGUGAGUGUCAACUCCCAGAAUUUACCCUGGUUGGGAAACCGGGCCCAGCUCACCUGAAGGGGAAAUCAGAGUUGGGUAUUUCAACAGUGGGAAGAGGAUGAGGUGUGAGGUCCAUCUAACUUAACAUAAUUGAUUAAAUAAAUAAAAUAUGCUUAAGCAAAUUUACUUAUUUAUAUGCUGCCCACCCCACUGUUGCAGUGACUCCGAAUGGCUUCUGCAUAUUCACUGUUAAAGUCUGAUCUUCACAAAUUGUGAAGAUGUGGAAGUAUGCUGUAUGGAGAAUAGAUCAUGUCUUAAGUCCUAUUUCCUCACCUAAUGUCUGUUUGAAGUUACCAGGGAUGCCCCAAAGGUACUUGGAAUCUUGAAGCUCUGGCGGCUGCUCCUCUCCCCACCUUUGCAGUCACAUAAUCACAUUUUGGCCUUUAUAAUUGUUUGCAGCACCCUGCAGCCACAUGACCACAAUUGUUGGUGUUUCCUUUGCCAGUUUGGCGGCAUUUUCUUCUAGUUUCAAAAAAAAAAAGUCUAUUGGAUAAAAUUGAUUCAUUUAACAAUUGCA